AUGGCAACUGUCCAGAUCAAGCCUCAAGGCAGCACGAAUGCCAGUAUGGAAGCUUCCUGGUCCGCGGCAGCCACUUGGCUCAGUGCCUUGCCCGACUUGAUAGACGCCAGACUCGCGGGCGCCGCAACGUUGGCAGUAGGCAGCACGGCAGGGAAAUUCUUCCCAGACAUCGACGUCUCCUCCGGCCCAUUCACUGGCAUCGCAGUCAACCAGGUCUUCUGGGCCUUCAAUACCACGCCCGCCGCCGUCGAAGCGCUAGUCCAACCCAUCCUGACAAAACUGCUCUCAGAGUGCAACAACACCAGCAGCACAAACACCUCCCUUAUCAACACAGCAAUAACAACCUCAACCUUGGCAAACUAUACAUCCUUCUUCGCCGUCAUCUCCGGCGACAACGUCGCAGGCGGCGAAUCGCUAACUUCCUCGCGCCUCCUCGGCCGCCCAGAGCUAACCCACACACCCCACGCGCAAAUCGUGUCGUACCUAGAAACCGCAAUGGCGUCCUAA